UUGAAAAAAAAAAAAUGUGUGUGUAUGUUUUUAGUAUUUAUACCUCCAAUCUAGCAUUGCUAGGUGCAGCAAGAAAAAGUGUCAUGCAGAAGGCUAAUUACCUUUUUCGUGCAAUUUUGUUGGUACAGUGUCUAAUGGCCUGCAAAGCCAUGACAACAACAAAUAUUACUACUGAUCAAUCUUCUCUUCUCAACUUCAAAGCCCAAAUAAAGUUAGAUCCUUCACACAUUUUAUCGAAAAAUUGGUCAGCUUUUACUUCCGUUUGUGUUUGGAUUGGAGUUACUUGUGGUCUUCGCCACCAAAGAGUGACUGCCCUGGAUAUUUCUGGCAUGAAUCUUAUGGGAAUUAUACCUUCCCAAUUGGGAAAUUUAUCAUUCCUUGUUUCUAUCAACUUAAGCGAAAACUAUUUUUUUGGUGAUGUUCCUCGAGAGUUGAUUCAACUCCAACGGCUAAAAAUCAUGCACUUUGGUUCCAACAACUUAAGUGGCGAAAUUCCUUCAUGGUUUUGUUUCUUACCUAAAUUACAAGUUUUGAAUCUUGGAAAAAACAGUUUUACAGGUUUCAUCCCACCUUCUGUUUCUAAUAUGUCCAUGCUACAGUAUUUGGAUCUCUCUUUUAAUUCUCUACAAGGGAAAAUCCCAGAAGAAAUUGGAAAUCUGCGUAACUUGAAAACACUUGCAUUACGACAUAAUAGACUCACUGGUGUAGUACCAUUGCAGGUUUUCAACAUAUCGACAAUGGAAUUUCUUGGUUUUACAGGGAACAACUUGACUGGUAAUCUUCCUCUUCAAAUAUGUUAUGGCGUCCCAAGACUCCAUGGGCUUUAUCUAUCUAACAAUGAAUUCAGUGGUGAAAUUCCUUCCAAUCUAUCAGAAUGUUUACAACUUCAGAUCCUUUCUUUGUCAUACAACAAAUUUAGUGGAUCCAUUCCUGGAGAAAUUGGGAGAAUAAGGACACUCCAGUAUUUAAAUAUUGGUUACAAUGAUUUGUCCGGUACAAUUCCACAUGAGUUGGGUAACCUGGAGAACCUCAAGGGGUUGAGCAUGGGAUACAAUUUUCUUAAUGGCUCUAUACCAGCCAGUAUCUCUAACAUUUCGUCAUUGCAAAUUAUCGAGAUUGGUCAUUGCAACCUAUCUGGUGUAAUCCCACAAGAGAUUGGCACUCUUUCCAACUUGGAGAUUCUUUUUUUGGAUAGAAAUAGCUUAAACGGACAAAUUCCAAACUUCCUAGGGAAUUUGAGCUUCAUUGAAAGGGUAGAGUUGGCUAAGAACAAUUUCAUUAGUGAAUCUCCAGAAUUGAGCUUCAUCACUUCAUUGACAAACUGUAGAUAUUUAACAGAAUUGGAAUUUAGCAACAAUCCUUUGAAUGUCAUUCUUCCUGUUUCAGUUGGAAAUCUUUCUACUUCUCUUCAAGCUCUUUAUGGGUAUAAUUGUGGUCUCAGAGGUAGCAUUCCAAAUGAAAUAGGCAAUCUCACCAGUUUGAUAAAGUUAAGUCUGUAUGGCAAUGAGUUGACAGGAUCAAUUCCAGUAAGCAUAGUGAAUUUGCAAAAGCUUCAAGGAUUAUCUUUUUCAAACAAUAAUAUAAGUGGAUCUAUCCCGGACUCUUUUUGUGAACUUCACAAUUUAUAUGAAUUGACAUUGUUUCAAAAUCAAAUCACAGGUGCUAUUCCAGGGUGCAUAGGGAAUAUUACUACACUAAGGUAUCUAUAUAUCAAUACCAACAGAUUGACUUCCACCAUACCGGCAGGCCUGUGGCAUCUGAAGGAUCUUUUGGUGUUGAAUCUAUCUACAAAUAUUUUGAGUGGCUCUCUACCUCAAGAAAUUGGGAAACUGAAGGUUGCAAUUUUUAUUGAUCUAUCACUUAAUCGAUUCUUAGGUAGUAUUCCAAGCACAAUUGGAGAUUUACAAACCCUGAGUAACCUUUCCUUAGCACAUAACGCACUACAAGGGUCUAUUCCGGAUUCCGUCGGUAAGAUGCUGAGCUUGGAGCAUCUUGAUCUAUCUCACAAUAAUCUUUCUGGUUAUAUCCCUAAAUCCUUGGAGGUACUCAAAUAUCUCAUGUACUUGGACGUUUCUUUCAAUGAUUUAAGUGGUGAAGUUCCUUCUAGUGGUCCUUUCAAAAACUUUUCAAGUAAAUCCUUCAUUUCUAAUGAUGGAUUAUGUGGUGAUCCUAUAUAUGGUCUCCCAUCAUGUCCUACAGGUAGACAAAAGAAAAGAAAAGUGAUGCUUGCAGUUGUAUUUUCUUUGAUUGGGAUUACAAUACUAAUUUUAAUUGUCAUGGCCUUGGCGUAUGCAACUGGAAAAUACCGAAGGAAACAUUUGGUGGAAAAUGGAGCAGACUUUACACCUGGCACAACUCUAAGGGUCUCAUAUUAUGAACUUUUGCAAGCAACUGAAGGGUAUAGUGAGAGCCAUUUGCUUGGGACUGGGAGUUUGGGCUCUGUCUAUAGAGGGACUCUCAAUAAUGGAAGGGAUGUGGCAGUGAAGGUUUUCAAUUUGCAACAACAAAAUGCAUUCAAGAGUUUUGAUGUAGAAUGUGAAGUAUUACGCAACCUUCGCCACAGGAAUUUGUGCAAAGUCAUUAGUACUUGCUCCAAUCCAAAUUUCAAAGCCUUGGUGCUUGAGUACAUGUCUAAUGGAAGCCUUGAGAAGUGGUUGUAUUCAGAUGACUAUGUGUUGGAUAUCUUGCAGAGAAUUAACAUCAUGAUAGACGUAGCAUACGCAUUGGAAUAUCUGCACUAUAGCUACUCAAUGCCUAUUGUUCACUGUGAUUUGAAACCAAGUAAUGUUCUGCUGGAUGAAGAUUUUGUUGCCCAUUUAAGUGAUUUUGGAAUUUCUAAGUUAUUGGAUGAAGGAGAAAGCAAUGCAUACACUACAACCUUGGGAACAUUAGGUUACAUUGCACCUGAAUAUGGAUUGGAAGGAUCCGUGUCAAUAAGAUGUGAUGUUUAUAGCUAUGGCAUUAUGUUAAUGGAAAUAUUUACACAAAUGAAACCAAGUGAUGAAAAGUUCUCGGGAGAUUUAAACCUAAGGAGCUGGAUAAAUGAUUCUAUGCCUUAUGCAAUUACUCGGAUUAUAGAUUCGAACUUGUUGGGGUUAGAAGAGCACGACACAAAGAAGUUGAGAUGUUUGUCAUCUAUAAUGGAACUUGCUUUAAAUUGCUCCAUGGAGAGUGCCAGUGAGAGGGUGAACAUGAAAGAAGUUGUAACAGCAAUGAAGAAUAUCAAAUUUCGGCUCCUUGCUUAACAACAGUUUUAAAUUUAACAGCAUAAUGCAAUGUGUUCUCUAUGUACUCUAUGAUGAUUCAGUAAUUCUGUGGAGAUUAUAUAUUUUGUCUGUCAAGUUAUAUAACAUGCAAUUAAAUCU